CCACCCAUGGCUGAACCUGACGCGGCGGUGGCUCACGCGCCUUUCCGCUCCAGCCUCUUGCCACGGACCACACGUCCCAUCCCUGCCUCCCAGCCCCGCCCCGUCCCGCCCCGUCCCGCCCCUCCAGUAUCUGGGCGGCCGCGCCCGCAGGUCGUGUGAGCUGAUUGGCCGCGCUGUAGCGGCGGGCGGCCCGCGGGCGCACACACCCUCCCCUCUCAGCCAAUAGGCGUACGCGCGUCACUGACCAGGCGGCCCGCGGGCCGGCUGCCUCUCAAUAAGCCACAUUGUUGCACGAAACUCCAGCUCAAGAGUCUCUGGGCGGCCGCGAGCACCUAUCGGUCGCUGAACAGAGAAGAUCCGUGAGAGGAGAAUCACGCGUGGGACCGAGAUACCGAGAAGCCCGAAAGCCCUAGUGGAGCAGGGCUGCGAUUCUUUCCAAGUUGAGUCUUAGUGAGCGUGUGUCUGAAGGCCCGUAGGGCAGCCGGACACGUCGCCUAGUGUGAUACCUGGGUGCCUGCUAGCAGUUGUGACUAAAAAUCUGUCUUUAGAGACCUAGGAAUCCCUAGAAGGAACACCAUCGCCGUUAGCCUUCUUUGUGCGCCGUCCGGACUCCCAGCUCCCAGCAGGGCCGCCUAAACCCGGGUACAAAGCGGUCCCACCGCUGCCCGCCGCCUCCGCACGCACUCCCGCUCCGGUUUCCCAACUCGGCUCUGUCUGGCCGUGGCAGGAUGAUCGCCUCGCAUCUGCUCGCCUACUUCUUCACGGAACUCAACCAUGACCAAGUACAGAAAGUUGACCAGUAUCUCUAUGACAUGCGUCUCUCUGAUGAGACCCUUCAGGAGAUCUCUAAGCGGUUCCGCAAGGAGAUGGAGAAAGGACUCGGAGCUACCACCCACCCCACAGCUUCAGUGAAAAUGCUGCCCACCUUUGUGAGGUCUACUCCGGAUGGGACAGAACAUGGAGAGUUCCUGGCCCUGGACCUUGGAGGAACCAACUUCCGUGUGCUGUGGGUGAGAGUAACAGACAAUGGCCUCCAGAAGGUGGAGAUGGAGAACCAGAUCUAUGCCAUCCCUGAGGACCUUAUGCGGGGCAGCGGCACCCAGCUCUUUGAUCACAUUGCCCAGUGCCUGGCCAACUUCAUGGGCCAGCUACAAAUCAAAGACAAGAAGCUCCCGCUGGGUUUUACCUUUUCGUUCCCCUGCCACCAGACGAAACUAGAUGAGAGUUUCCUGGUCUCGUGGACUAAGGGGUUCAAGUCCAGUGGUGUGGAAGGCAAGGACGUUGUGGCUUUGAUCCGGAAGGCCAUCCAGAGGAGAGGGGACUUUGAUAUUGAUAUUGUGGCUGUAGUGAAUGACACAGUUGGGACCAUGAUGACCUGUGGUUAUGAUGACCAGAACUGUGAGAUAGGUCUCAUUGUGGGCACAGGUAGCAACGCCUGUUACAUGGAGGAGAUGCGCCACAUCGACAUGGUAGAGGGUGACGAGGGGCGAAUGUGCAUCAACAUGGAAUGGGGGGCCUUUGGUGACGAUGGCAUGCUUGAUGACAUUCGCACUGAAUUUGACCGGGAGAUCGACAUGGGCUCACUGAAUCCUGGGAAGCAACUAUUUGAGAAGAUGAUCAGUGGGAUGUAUAUGGGGGAGCUGGUGAGGCUGAUCCUAGUGAAGAUGGCUAAGGAGGAGCUGCUCUUUGGGGGGAAGCUCAGCCCAGAGCUCCUCACGACAGGACACUUUGAGACAAAGGAUGUUUCAGAUAUUGAAGGGGAGAAGGAUGGCGUCCGGAGGGCCCAUGACAUCCUUGUGCGGCUGGGCAUAGACCCAACACAGGAGGACUGUGUGGCUACUCACCGGAUCUGCCAGAUUGUGUCCACACGCUCAGCCAGCCUGUGUGCGGCCACACUGGCAGCUGUGCUACGGCGCAUCAAAGAGAACAAGGGAGAGGAUCGACUGCGUUCCACCAUUGGGGUGGAUGGCUCUGUCUACAAGAAACACCCCCAUUUCGCCAAACGUCUUCACAAGGCUGUGCGGCGCCUGGUGCCCAACUGUGAUGUCCGCUUUCUCCGCUCUGAGGAUGGCAGUGGCAAGGGAGCAGCCAUGGUGACAGCAGUGGCUUACCGACUGGCUGAUCAACACCGAGCCCGGCAGAAGACCUUGGAGCCUUUGAAGCUGAGCCAUGAGCAGCUGCUAGAAGUUAAGAGGAGGAUGAAGAUAGAAAUGGAGCGAGGAUUAAGAAAGGAAACUCAUACCAGUGCCCCUGUCAAGAUGCUGCCCACCUAUGUGUGUGCCACCCCUGAUGGCACAGAGAAAGGCGACUUUCUGGCCUUGGACCUAGGGGGGACAAAUUUCCGGGUCCUGCUGGUACGUGUGAGGAAUGGGAAACGGCGUGGGGUGGAGAUGCACAACAAGAUCUACACCAUCCCACAGGAGAUCAUGCAUGGCACAGGGGAUGAGCUCUUUGACCACAUCGUCCAGUGCAUCGCCGACUUCCUCGAGUACAUGGGCAUGAAGGGUGUGUCCCUGCCUCUGGGUUUUACCUUCUCCUUCCCCUGCCAUCAGAACAGAUUGGAUGAGAGCAUUCUCCUCAAGUGGACAAAAGGCUUCAAGGUGUCUGGCUGUGAGGGAGAGGAUGUGGUCACCUUGCUGAAGGAAGCGAUUCACCGGCGAGAGGAGUUUGACCUGGAUGUGGUUGCUGUGGUGAAUGACACGGUUGGAACGAUGAUGACCUGUGGCUAUGAGGAUCCUCACUGUGAAGUUGGCCUCAUCGUUGGCACAGGCAGCAAUGCUUGCUACAUGGAGGAGAUGCGGAACGUGGAGCUGGUGGAAGGGGAGGAAGGACGGAUGUGUGUUAACAUGGAGUGGGGUGCCUUCGGGGACAAUGGAUGCCUAGACAACUUCCGCACUGAAUUUGAUGUGGCCGUGGAUGACCUGUCCCUCAACCCUGGCAAACAGAGGUUUGAGAAAAUGAUCAGUGGCAUGUACCUGGGUGAGAUUGUCCGCAAUGUCCUCAUUGAUUUCACCAAACGUGGACUGCUUUUCCGUGGACGCAUCUCAGAGCGACUCAAGACAAAGGGAAUCUUUGAAACCAAGUUCCUGUCUCAGAUUGAGAGUGACUGCCUGGCUCUGCUGCAAGUCCGAUCCAUCCUGCAGCACUUGGGGCUUGAGAGCACCUGUGAUGACAGCAUCAUCGUCAAGGAGGUGUGCACUGUGGUGGCACAGAGGGCAGCCCAGCUCUGUGGCGCAGGCAUGGCUGCCGUGGUGGACAAAAUACGAGAAAACCGUGGGCUGGACACACUCAAAGUGACCGUGGGCGUGGAUGGGACCCUCUACAAGCUCCAUCCUCACUUUGCCAAAAUCAUGCAUGAGACCGUGAAGGACCUGGCUCCAAGAUGUGACGUGUCCUUCCUGGAGUCCGAGGAUGGCAGUGGGAAGGGGGCGGCUCUCAUCACUGCGGUUGCCUGUCGCAUCCGUGAGGCUGGACAACGAUAGAGCCCCUGAAAUCAGAAAGGGCUACCUUUGCUUCUCCCCUUCCCCCUUGCCUGUUGUAGUUUUAAAUCAUAAGGUUCCAUCCCCUUG